GUCAAACCAUAUUACUGCUGCCGCGCUGCAAGAAAUAUUAACUUUUAAUAAAAAUAAUUUGAAUUUUGGUUGUUUCGCAGCAUGUUUUCACCAAAUUAUAACACUACUGCAGUGGCUCUAGCUGCCGUUUCAAAUGGUGAUACGAGGAGUACUACUACUGUCGCGUCUGCAACUGCUAAUAAUACCAAUAUAAAUCAUAAUAAUAAUAUUAUUAAUAAUAAUACCACCACUGAUGUUGGUAUCAAUGGCAGCAUGGCUACUGCAUCAAAUUACUUGAGUAGUAAUAUUGCUAUCAAUCCUUUUGAUAUAUAUAAACAACAAGCGUAUAUGUCAUCCGAUUUAAGUCAUGCACCAUCCUUAACAAACUCAACUUCAGCUUCAAGUUAUAAUUCUCAAACUGAUUUAUAUCAUAAUCACACCCAUAAUCAUAUACAUCCACCAGCACCAACCAUUCAAUAUUUGGAAAAUCCCUUACAAGAAACAGUAUUUGCUCAGCCAUAUCCAUUUAAAGAAAAUAUUCCAUUCAAAUUGAAUAUGUUCCAAUCACAAAUAAAUGAAAAUCAACAACAACAACUUCAACAACUUCAUAAUCAACAACAGCAACAAGAACAAUAUUUAUCUCAAAAUAAUUUACCCCCAAAUCAUCAAAUUCGUCACCUUGUUCAAAAAAGACCACUUAUAUCACCAGUAGUGGUGGCUCAACCUGUAUCAGCAUCAUCUCAAGAUAAUCAAGUAACAACUCCUCCCACUUCUCCUAUCUUAUAUAAUAAUCAAGGUGGUUAUUAUAAUCAUCAAUCUAAUGUUAAUACUGCAUCUCAAAUCCAUCCUCAUCAAAAUUCCUUUGGAUUAGAAGAUAAUUCUCAUCAUAAUGAUAGUUUGUUUAAUACUGAUAUAUUUAGUAUUGGUGAUGCCACCACCGCUGCUGCCGCUGCUGCUGCUGCUACUGUUGCGUCCUUUUCCGGUCCAUCAUCUUCAUCUAUUGUAAAUACUAAUACUACUAAUACUACUAAUAAUAAUUCCAAUAAUAUUAAUUCCAUUAAGAAAUAUGGUAAUACAAUGUUUCAUCCUUCAGUUAUAAUUCCAAAUACUCCAAUUUCAGAAGGUGAUCUUGAAAAUUCUCCAAGGUAUACUACGGCUAAUAAAGGAACUAUUAACUCAAAAUCUCCAACGGUGGUAUUAGAAUCCCAAAUCAAACCAAGACUUCAUCAUCAACAAUCAACUCCAACAGUUUAUACAACUCAAAAAUCUUCAAUGUCAGUUGAAUAUAAACAUGAUUCCCAAUCUGAUCCAACCUCGCCUAUGGAUGUUAAUACUGCUUUGGCCUUAGCUACUAAAGCUUACUCCAAACAUUUAAGUAAUCCAAACUUGUAUCAUAAUAAUAAUGGAGAUGAUAGUACCAGUGAAGAAUAUGAUGAUGAUGAUGAAGAUGAAGAUGACGUUAAUGAACAUAUAUUCAAUCCUCAAGAAAGACCAUUUUCUCCAAGACAUCAUUCCAUGCCUCAUGAUUAUAAACUUAAUACGAUUUUAAAUCAUAAUCAAUUUGCUGCUAAUGCUUAUCAUCAUCUUGACGGACACUUCAAUAUUGAUACAGGGAAGAAUUUCAAACAAUUAGUUUAUCAAUUAUUUUCCCAAGAACAAAUCAGAGAUAUUAAAUUGAUUGAACCUCGAUUAAAAUGUUUUAAAAAUCAUUGUCAUACUCAAUUCACCAAUUAUAAUGAUUUUAUAAAUCAUUGUUAUUUUGAAAAUAAUAAUAAUUUAAAUUUUGUUGAAUUUAGAAACUUCAAAUGUCCAGUUCAUGAAUGCCCUAUGAAUUUAAUUGGAUAUGAAAAGAAAGCUAAUUUAAGACACCAUGUGGUGCUUGAACAUUUCCAAAGAGGCAAAGUUGUUGAUGCAUGUGAACCAUAUUGUGAUGCGUUACAAGAAAUCAUUUAUGUUUGUGAUCAUCAUGAUUGUGGGAAAGGGUUCUAUCGUAAGGAUAGUUUGACAAGACAUUUAAAGUUGGUACAUGAAAAUUCAUCAUCAUUAUUCAAUCAAAAGAAACGUCAAUCACUGAUAACAGGGUUAGUUGCUGCAAAAUAUUCUUCAAUGGAUAGUCCAGCUAAAAAAAGAAAAAGUAAAUCUUAAAAAUCUACUUAAUUUUUAUUCAAUUAUGGUAGGAACAGGCAUCCUACACUACUACUGAUUAUAAGUUUCUUGUAAUCAUUUCUACAUUUAUUCUCGUUAUUAAUAUUAUUUGCUAUUUAAUUCUACAAAUUAACACUUUGCUUUACUUUACUUUGAUUUUAAUUUACUUUACUUUUGGUUUAUAGAUACUUUUAGUUUUGCUUUUUUUAUACACACUAUUUAAGUUUUUGCUAAUUUUCACCAACAACAACAACAACAUUCUAUUGUCUUUUACAUAGUUCCUCUUCAAUUAUUCAGUAAUUUUAUAUGUACAAUUACUUUUCCGGUACUACAAUUUAUAAUUUGAAAUUGCGCGGAAAUUGA